GGCGUCGGGCGCGGGAGGUGGGGGCCGCCGCCGCUGCUGCUGCUGCUGCUGAACGGAGGGGCCCACGGGGGCGCUGGAGGAGGCGCGGGCUGGGCCCUCGGGGGACGCGAGAGGCGGGCCAGGCCGGGCUGGGCCCGCGGGGGACGUGAGAGGAGGGCCGGGCCGGGCCCCGCCGCGCGCGCCGCCAUGGACCCGUUUCUGGUGCUGCUGCACUCAGUGUCGGCCGGCCUGUCGAACAGCGAGCUGACGGAGCUCAAGUUUCUGUGCCAGAGCCGCGUGGGCAAGCGGAAGCUGGAGCGCGUGCAGAGCGGUCUGGACCUCUUCUCCGUGCUGCUCGAGCAGAACGAGCUGAGCGCCGAGAACACCGCGCUGCUCCGCGAGCUGCUCGCCUCCCUGCGGCGUCAGGACCUGCAGCAGCUGCUGGACGACUUCGAGGCGGGCGCGGCGGGCGGGGCGUCGCCGGAGGAGCGAGACCUCCAGGCAGCGUUUGACAUCAUCUGUGACAACGUGGGGAAGGACUGGAGGAGGCUGGCUCGUCACCUCAGGGUGUCGGACCCCAAGAUUGAUGCCAUCGAGGAGAAGUAUCCCCGGAACCUGGCGGAACAGGUGAGGGAGUCGCUGAGAGUCUGGAAGAAGAACCAGAGGGAGGACGCGGCUGUGUCCCACCUGGUGGGGGCGCUCAGGGCCUGCCGGCUGAACCUGGUGGCGGACCUCGUCGAGGAGGACCAGCAAGCCCGAGCCCGCCAGAGCGAGAGCGGCGACCCUGUGUCUCUCAUGUCCUGGGAUCCAGACUCGCCUGCCUUGGGGACCUCCCGAUGACCCGGCUGCUCCUCUCCCAAGGACCAAGGGCAUCCACCUGUACGAGCUUUGGUUCCCUCCACUGAGGUCGACCGUGUCCCCUCUGUGCCAGGCAGGCUGGGGGCUCUGUGACGGCCUUGGGAGGGAGAUGCUGUCGUCCCCACUAAAUGAGUUCCUGCAGGAGGACUUGCCACGUAGGGAGGAGCUGUAGAAGUUAGCAGUUAGGGUCAUAAAAGUUGCUGUUGCGCAAGUGAGGAAACGCAGGGUCGAGCUGGAGGGAAGUCAGUAGUAAUGGGGGGGGGGGGGGUUGGGCUGGGGGCCAACGCUGUCCAGCUCCAGAGCCCCCGCUUGGAACCACCGGCUCGUUCUGCCGCCCCCACAGUUGCCAAAGGCUUUGGACUCCCAGGGCAGGUGGCAUGGGGGUGAGGGAUGAGGCAUGCUGGGGCAGGGACAGGGGACAGGACCAGGGCCGUCCCUGUGAGGUACUGAGAAGCUGGGGCACAGUCGUCGCUUGGCAGGCAGAUGCUAGUUCUUAGGAGUUGUGAUUCCUGUGACUCCACAGUAGGUUACUAUUUUGUAUCAAAAUCACUAUCUUUCUGAUAACAGAAUUAGCAAAAUCACUAUCUUUCUGAUAACAGAAUUAGCAAGCUGGAGCCUGUAGUUUUCAGAAGUGAUCUUCCUGGUUCUCAGGUGAUCUAUUGAAGCACAGAGGAGGCCUCCACCUUACAAAGAAUUUUCUAUGCCUGUUGAUAAUUAUUUCAUUUUACAUGUUUUCAGAAGCUUUAUUGUAUCGAUUUCCGUGUUACUUGAGGGUUAUCACAGGCCCAGACUGUGAGUAGGGUGGCUGCAUUUCAUAGCAGUCGCAAGGACCACUAACAAGGGGAGUGAGUGUUUGGGGUGGGCGGGGGAAUGAAUUGGGAGACUGGAAUUGAUACAUAUACACUACUAUUCGUAUAAAGAGGAUAACUGUUGAGAACCUGCUGUGUGGUGCAGGCAGCUCUGUGCUGGCCUAGAUGGGAGGGAAGUCUGAAGAGUGGACAUAUGUAUACGUGUGACUGAUUCACUUUGCUCUACACCAAAAGACUAACACGACACUGUAAAGCAUCUGUACUCCAAUAAAAAAAAUUUAAAGGGUGGGGGGAAUGUUUACCUUGGUGAGCCGUGGUCUGCCAAAGGGCAGCUCUUGCCAGCUUUGGGCCCUGUCCACCUCGAGGAGGCAUCAGGGAGCCCAGCGGCCAUGCCUUGUACCUUCCAGCUGUGACCUUGGGUUGCUGAGGCCCUAGCAGCGCUCCCCACCAGGCUGUGGACCCAGCCUUCAGCAGAUACUUCGUGCCGGGCACUGCUAGGAGGCGGGGCCAUGCGGUGGACAAGGCAGGAGUGGCCCUGCUCUGUUGACCCCGAAGGCCUGGCCAGGAACGUGGGUGUUAACCAGUUCAUCACAGGUUUGGGAGCUGGGCCAGUUCAGUCCCAGAGCCGUGUGGCCUGGCCUGGUGUGACGCGCUGAACGUCCGCUGCCCGCCAGCAGCACUCGCCUCUUCAGGCCUCGGGUCAGGGCUGGUUCUGUGGGGGAGACGCACAUCAUCACCAACAGUAAAUGAGUGGCUUGGCUAAUGGCUGGCUUUGGGGGAUAGGUGAUCUGGGAGAUGUGUCCCCAUUUCUUGAACAGAGGCAGGUAUUGGAUGUGGUGCCAAUCUCUCACAGUUUACGGCAUGUGCUACUGAAAUGUGCGGGUGCCGGGCACCCUGACAGCCGGCCUGUGUCCCUUGGUGCGGUCCUCACACCUGGAAGGAGCCUCUACCCUCCAUCGUACCAGGUGUUCUCAUGGAGGUUUUGACAACACAUGCUUACAGCACUCAGGAUUUUCUGUUGCGUGGGACCGUGCCCUGGGCACUGCCAUCCCAGGACUUCUCCUGGCGAGCUGCUCCUGUCCAGCUGGUGAGGGAGUUGGAGCAGCCUCAGUAGACCCGUCGUGUGACCCAGUCGCACCACCUGAGGCACAGAUCUGAGUCCCAGGACAGAAGAGGUGAUGGGUGAGAAAGCGCUUCCUUCCAGCACUGCUCUCCACUUCCCAGGGCCUGGAGGUGGCCCAGCCCUGGCAGCUGUGGGCCAUGGGGGCAACGCUGCAGAGCCUGGUGGCAGGUGAAUGUGCACAAGAAACUGCCCCUAGAAGGUGGGGCUCAAGGCCAGGUAGAAGCAUCCCUUUGUUCAGUCCUCAGUGGUCAGGAGGUUUCCACCGUGACUGCACGUCCAGGCAUUGAGACGAGACUGAGCACACAGGCACCCUGCCCUCAGGAAGCACAGGAUGUCCCCAGCUCUGUGACACGAAAGGAAGAGGUGCCAUAAAAGUGUAUAGAGGGGCUUCCCUGGUGGUCCAGUGGUUAGGACUUCACCUUUCAACACAGGGUUGUGGGGAUGUGGGUCUGAUCCCUGGGCAGGGAGCUAAGAUCCCAUACGCGGCCAAAACAAGAACAAAACAGAAGCAGUGUUGUAACAAAUUCAAUAAAGACUUUAAAAAUGGUCCACAUUAAACCAAAAAAAUCUUUUAAAAGAAAGAGUAUAGAAAAAGCACAGUGUGCCUGUGGCCCUAAAAGUGGAAAGGUGCACAGCAAGUGUUUGAGAACAGUUUUUUGGAUGAUACUGGUUUUCUGUGUGCUUUCUGUAUUUUCCCCGUUUCUGUAACGUGGUUUUCAGUUGUCCACCAGGUACAGUGCCGGGUGUAACGUGGCCUGCGGUGGGGAGCGUCCUGGAGAGCAGGGGGUCACGUGGGCUCUUGAGUCUGAUGGAUGUGAACCCUGGGCUGUGCCCCUUGUGGCUGCACCUCCCGGAGAAGGGGCCAUUAGAUAAAUAUGAAGUGCUUGUCCAAGUCUGUGGCACUACUUUUACCUUAAAAACAAAGAUUGACAUGUUACCCAAAGGUCUGUCAAAGGCUCUUUUGCUCUGUGUGGUCUCAGAACAUUGAGCACGGCCUUUGGCCUGUGUUUUGUUUUUUUGGCCGGCUGUGCAUCCUGGGGUAUCCCAGUUCCCCCAUCAGGGAUGGAACCCAUGCCCCCUGCAGUGGAAGCUCAGAGUCGUGACCACAGAACGGCCAGGGAAGUCUCCUGGGUUUUCUCAUAACCCCUCCUGGGACAGAUGUGGCCGACAUCUCAUCAGAACUGUGACCCUAGGGAGAAGUCAGCCACACACACACCCCGCCUCCUCCCACCAGGCAGGGCGCUGCUGCAGGUUUUGGAGAAGGAUUUGUCAAGGCAACUUUACAAAAAAAAUUCGCUUUUUCUCUUAAUCACAUAA